CACGGGGUGUCGUCGCGCCGCCGCCCGUCAGCUGAGACUUGCCUCUCAGAGCUGGGGGCCCUGUGGGUGUCUGUGGGCGCCGGAGGAGGAGAAAACCGAGGAGGCCGGGGUGAUUGCCUAGAAUACUGCACAGCCUACCAACAUCUGAUGAAAUUAGUGAAUCAGCAAGCCAGCCAUGUCUUACACUCCGGGGAUUGGUGGGGACCCUGUCCAGCUGGCCCAGCGCAUCUCUUCCAACAUCCAGAAGAUCACACAAUGUUCUGUGGAAAUACAAAGGACACUGAAUCAACUUGGAACACCUCAAGACUCACCUGAAUUGAGGCAACAGCUGCAACAGAAGCAGCAGUAUACUAACCAACUUGCCAAAGAAACAGAUAAGUACAUUAAAGAGUUUGGAUCUCUACCCACCACCCCCAGUGAACAGCGUCAAAGGAAAAUACAGAAGGAUCGCUUAGUGGCUGAAUUCACAACAGCACUGACAAACUUUCAGAAGGUCCAGCGGCAAGCCGCUGAGAGAGAGAAGGAAUUUGUGGCCCGAGUAAGAGCCAGUUCCAGAGUGUCGGGUGGUUUUCCUGAGGACAAUUCCAAAGAAAGGAAUCUUGUAUCCUGGGAAAGCCAAACACAGCCUCAAGUACAAGUGCAAGAUGAUGAGAUUACAGAAGAUGACCUCCGCCUCAUUCAUGAGAGAGAGUCUUCUAUCAGGCAGCUUGAGGCUGAUAUUAUGGAUAUUAAUGAAAUAUUUAAACACUUAGGAACAAUGAUUCAUGAACAGGGAGAUGUGAUAGACAGUAUAGAAGCCAAUGUAGAGAGCGCAGAGGUACAUGUUCAGCAGGCAAAUCAGCAGCUGUCCAGGGCAGCGAAUUAUCAGAAAAAGGACUCCUGCUUGUUGGUGUGAGUUAUGCAAGACUCUAAAGAAAACACACCAGGGAUGAAGAACGAAUCAAAGCUCUUAACAUUUGUGUUCUGAAUGACAGCUUUAUAGUUUUGUUAACUUUUGUGGCUUUACUUUCUGUGUUGACAUUUUUGAAUACCUUUAUCAGAGAAUAGAAACAGUUUUGAAAUUAAUUUACUUCAGUAAAUGUUGCCAAAUGUUUUUACUUGCUGAACCUUUAAAAGUACUCAUUUUUAACAGUAACUUUUUGGUAAAAGUUUAAAACUUUCUAAACUUUUAAGCUGUUAGGUAAUCUCAAUCUGUGCUUCAGUCAGCCAAGUUUUCCUUUCUCUUUUCUUUGAAGCAUCAUUACACCCCCAGAAAACUUGCCAGCAGUAUGUAACAUUGCCACUGAACCGCAGCACUACUUCAUGAAUAUUUUUUGAUGAUAUAGUACCCUGGAUGUGGUAGAUUUUUGAGAAACAACUAGGCAGCCAAAGCUUUGAGGGCAGUAAGCUAUGAUUCUGCUCUUGACGCUAGCCGGGGUCUGUUCAGUUGCUAUGGCGGCACCACUGAGUCUGUAAACAUGUCUUUUGUUUUUACAU